AUGGCGUCCGCCUCGGAUUGUACAGUGAUGGAGCUGCGAGACCUUCAUCCUAAACCUAGUCCUAAAGCCUUGCUCACAAAGAUCUCGAGCCGGAGAUCGAGGUCUCGAGGCGAUCAGCCUGAAUUGGAACGUCAGACAGCCGUCAACGAAGAGCUGCCGGGCCCAACGACAGCGCCCGUCGUUGUGCAGCAGCGGUGGAACGAGUCCAAGGUUAUGAUAUACCGCACCAUCGCUGCAUUCUGGGGAUUUACAAUUAUGGGUGCGAAUGAUGCUGCCAUUGGGGCCUUGAUUCCAUAUCUGCAAGACUACUACCAACUUACAUAUUCAGUUGUGGCUCUCCUGUUUCUGUCGCCAGUUAUAGGGUACACCUUGUCCGCCAUCCUCAACAACAUGGCGCAUAUGAAAUUUGGCCAACGAGGAAUCGCCAUCAUCUGUCCAAGCUGCCAUUUGAUUGCAUAUCUGGUCGCUGCACUUCAUCCCCCAUUCCCUGUUAUCGUGGUCUUUUUCGCAUUGUCAGGCUUUGGCAAUGGGCUAGAAGACGCUGCAUGGAAUGCCUGGAUCGGUAACAUGGCUAACGCAAAUGAGGUGCUCGGCUUCCUACACGGUUUCUACGGCCUUGGGGCUACAAUAGCUCCACUUGUUGCUACGACAAUGAUCACUAAAAGCAAUCUGUUAUGGUUCACUUUCUACUACGUGAUGGCAGGCCUAGCUGGUGUCGAGCUGGUUAUAUCCAUGACGGGAUUUUGGACGGCAACUGCAGCUGAAUAUCGAGCGUCCCAUCCCAGAACGACGGAUCACAACGGCAAUCGAAUGACGGAAGCCUUGUGGAAUAUGCCUGCGGCGCGUGUGACAUGGCUGUGUGCGCUCUUCUUGUUCGGCUACGUCGGUGUUGAAGUGGCUCUAGGUGGCUGGAUCACGACGUUCAUGCUUGAAGUUCGUCACAGCUCGCAUUUCGCAUCGGGGAUGUCUGCUACGGGCUUCUGGCUUGGCAUGACUGUUGGUCGCGUUGUUCUCGGGUUCGUCACCCCAAGACUGGGAGAGACGUUGGCAAUCAUGAUCUACAUACCCAUCACAAUGGCCCUCGAGCUCAUCUUCUGGCUUGUGCCUCAGUUCUACGUGUCGACCGUUGCUGUAGCAUUACAGGGAUUUUUUCUCGGCCCGUUGUUCCCAGCUUCUGUCGUUGCGGUGUCGAAACUGCUUCCCAAACACUUGCAUGUGAGCAGCAUUGGCUUUGCUGCCGCAUUCGGUGGCGGAGGAGCCGCGAUAUUCCCGUUCGCGGUUGGCGCCAUCGCUCAAGCAAAGGGUGUGAAGGUCCUUCAACCGAUUGUGCUGGCCAUUCUUGGCCUAACUUUCUUGCUUUGGUGCGGCUUGCCUCGAAUGAGUAACAAGAAGAGCGAAUAG